GGCUGUGCCUCUCUGCCUGCUCGCUCGGCGUCACUGUUGCCCCGGCAACCUGCCGGUCACCAGACACCCGGCCCUUUAAGGGAAGCCUAAGCCCGGCGGUCUUGGUUUCGCGCGCCCGCCCGCGGCGCCGGUAGAGAGAACAUGGCCCAGGCUGCACGAGUGCUGUGGCCCCGCGGGCGCGCUCUGGCCUGGAGGCUGGGCGGUAGCCCGGCGCCCCGACUCCCAGUGCAGAGCCGGGCUGGCUUCGCAGGGGCGGCGGGAGGUCCGGGUCCCGCCGCCAUCGCCCGCAAGGGGAGCCGGCGGCUCCUGGGGAGGGCGGCUCUGGCCCUGGGGGGCGCUGUGGGGCUGUACUACACCGCGCGGUGGCACCUGCGCGCCCAGGACCUCCGCGCCCAGCCCUCCGCCGCGCAGCUCUCCCUGUCCGACCGCCUGCAGCUGACUCUGUACCAGUACAAAACGUGUCCCUUCUGCAGCAAGGUCCGCGCCUUCCUCGACUUCCACGCCCUGCCCUACCAGGUGGUGGAGGUGAACCCUGUGCGGAGGGCGGAGAUCAAGUUCUCCACCUACAGGAAGGUGCCCAUCCUGCUGGCCCAGGAAGGAGAGAGCCUGCAACAACUGAACGACUCCUCUGUCAUCAUCAGCGCCCUCAAGUCCUACCUGGUGUCGGGGCAGCCCCUGGAUGUCAUCAUCACCUACUAUCCACCCAUGAAGGCCACCAAUGACCAGGGCAAGGAGGUGACCGAGUUCUGCAACAAGUACUGGCUCAUGCUGGACGAGAAGGAGGCCCAGCGCAUGUAUGGCGGGAAGGAGGCCAGGACGGAGGAGAUGAAGUGGCGGCAGUGGGCGGACGACUGGCUGGUGCACCUGAUCUCCCCCAACGUGUACCGCACGCCCACCGAGGCCCUGGCCUCCUUCGACUACAUUGUCCGGGAGGGCAAGUUCGGGGCUGUGGAGGGCGCCAUGGCCAAGUACGUGGGCGCAGCUGCCAUGUACUUCAUCAGCAAGCGGCUCAAGAGCAGGCACCACCUCCAGGAUGAUGUGCGUGAGGACCUGUACGAGGCUGCCAACAAGUGGGUGGCAGCUGUGGGCAAAGACCGGCCCUUCAUGGGGGGCCAGAAGCCCAACCUGGCCGAUCUGGCGGUGUAUGGUGUGCUGCGCGUGAUGGAGGGCCUGGAGGCCUUCGACGACCUGAUGCGGCACACCCGCAUCCAGCCCUGGUACCUGCGGGUGGAGAAGGCCAUCGCCGCCGAGGCCCUCCACUGAGGCCCCCCCACCCCCGGAGGAACCGGAGACCCAGGAGACGCAGCUGCCGGCACCAGGGCCACUGAGCCAACACUCGGCGAUGCUGUGCAGGGUGACGGCCAUUCUACCUCUUGUCCACGCCCACCCCACAGCAUUCUGUCUAACACUGGACACCUGCGGGGGCCCUGGGGUGCUGGGGGACACAGCCCCUGAGGGGCACAGGGAGGCUACCUCCCUCCCCCCGGCCCCGGGCUCUCAGCGGCUGCCCUGCCUAACCCUGGGGGUGGGAACUGGGUUGGGCCCCGCCUGGACAGGGAAGUAGGGACAUCCCGGGUGAGGGAGAGCCCCCUCCUUGGCUCCUCAUGUUCCCGCUCUUCCUAAGCAUCCCCCGCUCCCCUCCUCCACCCACCCACCCGGUCUCUGUCUGUUUGAAAUAAAGAAAAAGAUUCAGCCCUGUUU